AUUUCACUUAUAAAUACAUAAUCCUUUGGACGCCAUUUUCGUCCAAACCAAGCUGCUUGAAAGGCAUUAAACAGAGAAAGGCUUUCCUAUUUAUUAUUUUUUUCUCUUUAAAGAAACUCUUCUCUUUCCCGCUUACUCUUAUCGAAUCCCCUAAAUCUUCAUCGCUCUGCCAUUAAAGCCAGAGGCUGGAGCCAGAUAAGAAAAAGAUAUUUUAUGGCGGGCGACGCAGGAAGAGGUUUGGAAUGCCAGAAGACUAUGGAUGGGAAGGAGAGUAAUGGAAAUGGUUUGAAAAAGGCCAUACCUUCUUGCUGCUUAAAGGCUAAGGCUUCAGCCCCUGAACUUGAAGCAAAAUGCCAUUCCACAGUUGUCUCUGGGUGGUUCUCAGCUUCUAAAUCUGUUACAGACAAAUCUGGUAAAGUUGUUUAUUUCAACAAUCCGAUGUGGCCUGGAGAAGCUCAUUCCCUGAAAGUAGAACGUGUUUUGUACAAGGGACAGUCAGAGUUUCAAGAGGUUCUGGUUUUUGAGUCUUCAGCAUAUGGAAAAGUGCUAGUUCUUGAUGGCAUCAUCCAGCUCACUGAGAAAGAUGAAUGUGCCUACCAGGAGAUGAUUGCGCAUCUUCCCCUUUGUUCGAUCUCCUCACCCAAAACUGUUCUUGUUGUUGGUGGUGGUGAUGGUGGUGUUCUUAGGGAAAUUUGUCGGCACAGUUCUGUCGAACACAUUGAUAUAUGUGAGAUAGAUAAGAUGGUUAUUGAUGUCUCUAAGGAGUUUUUUCCAGAGCUAGCUGUUGGAUUUGAGGACCCUCGUGUCCAUCUUCAUAUUGAUGAUGCUGUUAAAUUUUUGAGGGAUGCACCUGAAGGGAGAUAUGAUGCUAUUAUAGUGGAUUCAUCAGACCCUGUUGGUCCUGCUCAAGAGCUUGUUGAGAAACCAUUUUUUGAGACAAUAGCUAAAGCAUUAAGGCCUGGUGGUGUUCUCUGCAACAUGGCGGAAAGUUUCUGGCUUCAUACACAUCUUAUUCAAGACAUGAUUUCUGUUUGCCGGGACAUGUUUAAAGGUUCAGUUCAUUAUGCAUGGACAAGUGUUCCCACCUACCCAAGUGGUGUCAUAGGUUUUCUAAUAUGCUCGACCGAGGGGCCACCCGUUGAUUUCAAGAAUCCAGUCAAUCCUAUUGAAAAGCUAGAAGGAGCUGUCAAACAUAAAAGAGAACUUAAGUUCUAUAACUCAGAGGUGCACAGAGCCGCGUUUGCCUUGCCAACGUUUGUGAAGAGGGAGGUGAGCUUACUUGGUGAUAGUCCAACCCCGGCUCGGUGAAUUGGUUUCACCGAUUAUUGAAAUUAGAAGUGUGUAUUGAAUGUAGGUUAGUACACUAUAAAUGAAACUGUAGAUGGGAUGUUGAGCUACUUGUUGCCUAUUAUUGAUAUCUAUUGUAAAAUUAUGGUUUGUGUCAUUAUGAUUUGUAAGUGUGGAUGUUAUGCUUUAUUUUCGUAACUUUCUAUUCGGACAUGAUUUGGUCAUUUAUGAAUAAUAAUUAUGUAAUAUCCAGGAACUUAAAAAGGUCAUUGUUUUCAAACCAAUAAAUUUGGAUUGUAAUGUUAAA